GCCUGCAGGGGAGGGCGAAUGCUCCAGGCAGGGGGCUGGCGGUGCCUGGAACACGGGGGCCACCCAGCUUCCACAACGCCUCUCCCGCGGCAGCGAGGGCGCCUGGUUGGCCCCCAGGAGCUGGUCUGGGGCUUUCUCGCUAGUGCCUGGCCAAGCUCGGUCUGCGCCCCCCCGCCCAGCCUGAGAAUUACCUAGUGGUCCAGCGAGGAGAGGCGGAGCCUCCGCCGCCGCCGAAGCCCCCUCUGCUUCCUCAGAAAGCUGCUCCGCGGAGUUUGGCGGCUGUGGGCUGGAGGGGGGACCCGGGGCUAGGAAGGCGGGGGGUCUAGCUUCUCCCGCCGGGCUCGCUGUCCCCUGUGCACCGGGGAGGAGGCGAGCCCCUCCCCAGGAAGACUUGGGGCAUUGUCCCCCCCAGGCCCGGGCUGGGUGGAUGGCAGGCGGGGGAAGCCGCAGCGGGCGGGCGGUGCUGGUGGGGGGAAGGCAGCGCCUUGCCUCGGUCCAUUGCUGCCCCCUGAGCCGGCGCGGGGGGCUAUGAAGCACCAUGGUGUGGUGUGACCGUGGGGUCCAGAUGCUGCUGACCACGGUGGGAGCCUUCGCCGCCUUCAGCCUCAUGGCCAUCGCCAUCGGCACCGACUACUGGCUCUACUCCAGCGCCCACAUCUGCAACGGGACCAACCUCAGCAUGGAGGAGCCGCAGAGCCAGCCCCGCAAGGCGAAGGGGGACCUCACGCACUCCGGGCUCUGGCGGAUCUGCUGCCUGGAAGGAAUCUACAAAGGACAUUGCUUCCGAAUCAACCACUUCCCUGAGGACAAUGACUAUGACCAUGACAGCUCAGAAUAUCUUCUCCGUAUUGUCCGUGCCUCCAGUGUAUUCCCCAUCCUAAGCACAAUAUUGCUAUUACUGGGAGGACUCUGUGUCGGAGCAGGAAGGAUUUACAACAGCAAAAACAACAUUAUCCUCAGUGCUGGGAUUCUGUUUGUUGCAGCAGGACUAAGUAAUAUCAUAGGGAUCAUUGUCUAUAUAUCCAGCAAUGCAGGUGACCCAAGUGACAAGCGAGAUGAGGACAAAAAGAACCAUUACAACUACGGCUGGUCUUUUUACUUCGGAGCUUUGUCUUUUAUUGUGGCUGAAACCAUAGGAGUAUUGGCAGUGAACAUUUACAUUGAGAAAAACAAAGAGUUGAGAUUUAAAACCAAGAGGGAAUUCCUUAAGACUUCUUCCUCUUCCCCUUAUGCCAGGAUGCCAAGCUAUAGAUACAGGAGGAGGAGAUCCAGAUCAAGCUCUCGAUCGACAGAGCCUUCUCCGUCUAGGGACGUUUCUCCAGUUGGCAUGAAGAUUGCCAGUUCCAUCCCUAUGAAUGAAAUUUCCAUGUACACUCUGUCCAGAGAGCCCUUGAAGGUUACAACUGCAGCCAGUUACCAUGCGGACCAAGAAGCCAGCUUUCUGCAGGUCCACAACUUUCUUCAGAAGGAAUUUAAAGAAGGACUCCACAUCAAUAUGGUUAACAGGAGAACGACACCUGUCUGAAGGGUUUGCUUUCUCUCUCUUUCUUUUUCAAAGUGUCAAAACAGAAUAGAGCCUUCAAAAAAGAGAAGGAGCCAUUUAAAAUCCUUCUCAAAACAGGACAUGUGCUAGGGUAGCAAACGGAGACCUUGGAAUACUGGAAUGGCCUAAAGAUAUUGUACAUUCAUAGCUGUUUUAAAAGCUAUUCGGAGUUUGUUUCAUUAAAGUUCCCGAUGUCACAAGAAAGUGAAAGCAACUCACGUCCCUGCAGUUUUGUAAUGUAUACAAUGUGUCAGAGAAACUGGAAAAGAGUUAGUUACCAGGACGUUUUAAAGAAUUACAGAAGAAUUGCAAUGUGAUUUUUUUUAAAUAAAGUCUCUUAAAAUAAUCAUAAUUCAUGGCCAAGUCCAAAGCUUAUCACAAACGGAGCCUAAUGCAGCUCUUCAAAACUACGAUCCAGUUUCCUUUCAUACAGGGGAGAGAGAGCAGAGGUCUGUCUCAGAAGCAACUGCCUCCUCGAGAAAAUAAAAUCUAGAAGGCAAAACUAUUUGCAGCCAUCUUGUGCUAAUUGAACUGUAGCACACCAAUGUACGGCAUGUUGCAGCAUUCUACAGUGGGCGAGCUACAAGGGUCAGUACUGCCUCCACUGUUAGCUCCUUGUGCACUAGAACCAAGGAGCUGAUGGAGCCAAUGCAGAUGAAGCAGUGAGCAUAGGGUGGAUGCAUUCUAAAAUAAUGAAAUGGUGCGGAGUUAAAGCGGAAGCUGCUCAAACGUAUUUGCAAAUAUCAUUUCUUGCCUAAAGUUUAGAACACUUGAAUCGUCUCAUUGCUAAUAGACCUAGUGCCUGAUCCUGCCAGGUGCUGAGUGCUUCCUGCAUGUACAGGGUGCACCAUACCUCUCAGGAUCAGUUUCCUAUACGCUACGUGUUGCAGGAACAGGAAACAGAGCUGGGUCUGUAGGAACCAAUACCUGUGAAAUUGAAGAUUCCACAAGGGUUGCACAUUACUUUUUUUCCUUGACGCUUCACAAGUGCAACACUAAUGCUAGCGCAAGUUAAGGUAUCUAGGCUACGUGUGUAAGAAAAGGGAAAGCUAAUCUACUGAUCCAAUCUACUAUUCAGAGUGGUGAACAUUUCUGCAAAAUGCAGACUUAUAGGUCAUGUAAUGACAAUUUUAAAAGAUAGAACAAAAAUAAUUGCAGUUUACUAGAUAUUUAUUAAACUUUUUAUCAUGAAAAAGCACCACGGGGUGCAAGUUGCAGUUGUUUUUAUGCUGAAACUGUGGUUCAAAGAAAUGUAAUUUAUUCUGGAAUGAUGGAAUUCACUAAGUGCAGAGAGGCCCACAGGACCCUGUACGUAACUUACGGUGGGGAAAAACGUGGAUUUGUGGGUUUGAGGGGGUUGUUAUUUGCUUCUUUAUGAUUUUUCUAAAAAGGGCUGAAAUAUUUUCUUUUAAAUUCCUAUUUCAUUUUUACAUGAGACCAGUGUGUCCCACUUCUCAGGGAGGUGGAUUAACUACGCCGACAGAAGAGUUCUCUCCCGUCGGCAUACAGCGUCUUCGUUAAAGCACUGCAUCGGCGCAGCUGCACCAAUGCAAGCGUUUUAAGUGUAGAGUUGACCCUAGGUCUUGUCUGCCCUGAAAACUCUAUGGUGAAUGGUGGACUGGUGAAAUAACAUCACAAGAGCCAAGACUGAAAAAGUUAAACAACUGAGGGUUGGAGUCCGCAGCCAGCUUGUUUAAAAUGCUUUGUUUGUGAAUCCCUACUUAACGUCCAUGACUAAGUGAUAUUUUACGUAAAGGAUGUCUUUGUUAAAGGUUGAACAUCCCUCAACCUUUCAAUUAGGGCACAAAAUUUCCCAGUACAUUUGAGCUGAGACCUACAAAACUCCAGUAGGAGCGGCCUUGGCAGUCCAAACUACAAGAAUAAAAAAUAAAAAACCAACAACAAAACCCACAAACAGCUCAGGCCGUCUCACACCAUCAUGAAGAAGGAAAAUCAGGUACAAUCCCAAUUUUUAAAGAAUCCUCUCCUUGUCCCCUUUAAAUCCCAUUUAGGCUUCAAUCGAGCAUUUAAACACAUGAUUAAUUUUGCAAGUAAUCCAAUUAAAGCAGAUCGGUGCAUUAAUUCCUCUUUAAGAGUUUAUGUGGCACUAAAACUCUGCUAGGAUCCUUGUUUAAGUCCUCUGUACUGGGGUGAAUUUCACCCUGAGAGCUGACUAGAAUGGAAUGUAGGGAAUUCUAAGGCAUUAAGGGGAAAGAAAUUAAUAGCUUUUUUAAUUUUUCAAAUGCUGAUUUGAACAGGAGGGAAAAUUCUUAUCUACUUUCCAAUACAGAACUUUUUGAGGAAGAGGGAUGGGUGGGAGUAGGUGAAGUUAUUAAACAUCUUGAACAGAAUUUUUUACAUAAAUCUUUAUGCUUUCAAACAAUAAAUUUCCUACCUUUUUGAGAUUUCUUAAUAAUUAAAAUCAUUUUAUUAGCUAUGAUAGAGGUAGAAAAUCACAUUAAAGAAAAGCAUUCUGUCUCAAUGUGUCAUACUAAGUGCUUAUUAAUUUACACAUAUUAUAGUCAAUGUAUUUCCAAGUGCAAUUCCCCAGAAUUUUUUCCUAUUGUGUUAAUAAAGUAAGAGUUAGACAUUAGUCCUCAUUUGUGUUUGCUGUAGUUUAAAAAAAUCAUUCCCUUUCAAAUCAAGAGUUAGAUGUAGGUUGUCUUUCUAAACUCAUGGCCAUUGAAAAGAAAGCUGACAGUGUGAAGGUCGUUUUUGGUGUGUUUGUUUCCUUUAAAUUACCUUCUUUCAGUGACUGUUUGGAAACAAAAACUGAUUCAGGUUGAAGUAUGAGCCCUUUUCUAAUGUGAGGGUCAAGCUUGCAGAACCACACAUGUAUAUUUGUACAGUACAGCUACACCUGGUCCACAGAACCCCUCAGCUUCAGGGGCACUUCUUAGCAACUCGGCUGUCCUAACUUUUGUUUUUAUACAGAUCAUUUUCCCUUAGAACCUAAGCUCUUGUGGCAAUUUCUGGCAUUAUUUAGAUCUCCAUUCUCUAAGCACGGGGCAUUGAGCUCCAGGAGCAUGUAGCCCUGGAAUUUUUUGGGUCAUAAUCUGCAACCCAUAUUCACACUGAGUAGAGUGGUUUGGAAAAUGGAAUUUUCAACAUGGGGACACUUUGGUGGGAUAUGUAGUCUGGCAAGAGAGGAAGGCCCACAGGGCAGAAUAGGGACACGAACAACCUGGGACUCCAACUCCCAUGAGUCACUAGGGUGUAUCAGGCAGAUGUAGAGAUAUAUUAAUGUUUCUCUUUGGGUCAAACUGAAAUAAAGAUUUCAUAUAAUUUUCCUCCAAUGAAAAACAGCCAAAGCCAAAUUUUUUCCUGAGAAAAAUGUUGAUUAAGGGUUUGGAACAGCUUCCAUAUAAGAAGAGGUUGAAAAGACUGGGACUAGUCAGUUUAGAAAAGAGAUGACCAAAGUUGGAAGGGAUAUGA